AUGGCGGCGGCAACAGCGGCAGCGGCGUGCCGCAGGGCCAUCUCUUACACCCUCCUCGGCCCGCCGGCCGAGAGCCUCCGCGCGGCAGCUGCGGCGGCGAAGGUGGCUGCGCCCGCAAGCACCGGCGACCAGUUCUUGGACCUGCUCGACGCCAACUUCAACAAGCCGCCGCCGACUCCCCCGGCGAAGACGCGCACGGAGAACAGCUCCCCGACGUUCGCCACCUCGGGCGACCCCUGCCUGGACUUCUUCUUCCAUGUCGUCCCGGGCACCCCGCCCGAGUCCGUGUCGUCUCUCCUUGCCGACGCCUGGGCCAAGGAGCCGACCACGGCGCUCCGGCUCGCCUGCAACCUCCGCGGCGUGCGAGGAACCGGCAAGUCCGACCAGGAGGGGUUCUACGCCGCCGCGCUCUGGAUGCACAACUCCCACCCGUCCACGCUCGCCCUCAACGCGCGGGCCGUCGCCGAGUUCGGGUACCUCAAGGACCUCCCCGAGCUCCUCCACCGCAUCAUCCAUGGCGGCGUCUCCACCAGAACCCCCGGCAAGCAGGCCGCCCUGGAAGGACGAGGAAUCGUGGCCCACCGCGCCCGCUUCCGAUCACGUGGCACGCCUCGCCACUGGAGCAGGGAGGUGCGCCACCCCAAGGGCACGAUGGAGAGACGCAUCGCUGCCAGCAAUAAGCGCGAUCAGGAACUCUCGGCCCAGGCCGCCGUCGAGCGGCACAAGAAGCGCGCGGACGCCGCGGCCAGAGCCGUCGAGAGGUACGCCCGGGACCCCAACUACCGCCUCCUGCACGACAUGACGGCGGAUGUUUUCGCCGACCUCCUCGCCGAGGACAUGAAGAAGCUCGCGGAAGGCAAUAUCGAUCUCUCGCUCGCCUCGAAGUGGUGCCCGUCGAUCGACACUUGCUACGACGGCUCCACGCUGCUCUGCGAGGCCAUCGCGCGCCGCCUCUUCCCCAAGGGCUCGAUGCCCCAGAUCCCGGCGGACUUGCCGGACGAGCACUACGCCUACCGCGCGCGCGAACUCCUCCGCAAGGAGGCGUACGUGCCGCUGCGCCACGCCCUCAACCUCCCCGAGAUCUUCAUCUCGGCACGUGCGUGGGGUAAAGUGCUGUACACGCGCGUGGCCUCCGUGGCCAUGAAGAACUACAAGGACCUGUUCAUCAAGCACGACCAGGACCGCUUCAACAGCUUCCUCGCCGACGUCAAGACCGGCAAGGCGAAGAUCGCGUCGGGCGCCCUGCUGCCGCACCAGAUACUGGAGUCCGCCUUGGAAGACGACGAUGAGGUCGCCGACCUGCAGUGGAAGCGCAUGGUGGAUGAUCUGCUGGCGCUCGGCAAGCUCAACAACUGCCUCGCCGUUUGUGACGUGUCGGGAAGCAUGUGCGGCCAGCCCAUGGACGUCUGUGUCGCGCUUGGCCUCCUCCUCUCGGAGCUCUGCGACGAGCCGUGGCGUCACCGCGUAAUCACCUUCACCGCUGAACCACAGCUGCACCACAUCCAGGGCAGCACUCUAUCGGAGAAGGCAGAAUUUAUCCGUAACAUGGACUGGGGCAUGAACACCAACUUCCAGGCCGUGUUCGACCAGCUCCUGUGGGUGGCGGUCGACGGCAACGUCCCGCCCGAGCGCAUGGUGAAGAAGGUGUUUGUGUUCAGCGACAUGGAGUUCGACCUGGCGUCCUCGAGGCCGUGGGAGACAGACUACGAGGCGAUCACGAGGAAGUACACCGAGGCCGGGUACGGAGAGGCCGUGCCGCAGAUUGUCUUCUGGAACCUUCGGGACUCGCAUUCCGUGCCGGUGACGGCGGAGCAGAAGGGGGUGGCGCUAGUCAGCGGCUUCUCCAAGAACAUGCUGAAAAUAUUCCUCGGCGGCGAUGGCAUCCCUUCGCCGAGGGCCGUCAUGGAGAAGGCCAUCUCCGGGCCAGAGUACCAGAAGCUCGUCGUGUUCGACUGA